CCAUAGGUCUCCUUGCUCCUCCCUUCCGCCCCCUCCCCCUCUGCAGCCCCAGGAGCUCUGCCGUCGAUGAGAUCCAGUGCCUCCCGAGGUCCUUAUCCACCACAGCUCGUGAGGAAGCCGCGGGAGGAGGAGAUCAACCGGGCAUUUGCCGGCCGGAGAAGGAGGAAAUGCGCAGAUGCCAGCCAGGGAGGCAGAUCGACUCGCCUCCGCUGCGCCAUGAGCGCCGCCGCCGCCUCUGCAUCCACCUUGCUCCGCGUAGCAGCAUGUGUGCGGAAGCAUGGACAGGCGACCACAAGCAAAUGGCAUCGGCGGCAACAGCAACACACACGGUGUGAUGGGCGCGGCCUGCCCGUAGGCAUUCAAGGAUGGCGUGCCCGAUGGCUCGGAACGCAUGCGCCUGACGCACAGGAGGUAUAUGCCUCGGAGCACGCCGGCGGCAACGUGCACCGCGAGGUCCCAGAGCAGCCCAGCCAGUACAGAGCCCCUCCAUACUGGACGGACCCUGCGACUCCAUCCUCGCCUCCACUCACAGGUCUAUGCCGAUUUCCACAACAACACUGCCUUCAACUUUCUCAUUUCCCCGGCUCUGCAUACAAGGUGCAAACUAGGAGGGAGAUGGCUUUGCCAGGUCAUCAACGCCCAUCGGCAACUUCCGACAGUGUGGUGCUCACUGGGGAUGCUUGCAGAUUGGUAGUGGAUGUGUGCAGUGAUGGAGGGUUAUGUCCCAUGGGUGAUAGGCAUGGUGAUGUUCACCACUGGUAUGGAGAGAACAGGGAAAAAGAUAACUUCCCUUGAACUAUGAAAUGUGGUAACGAAAUUAGAAAUCAUUGUGGUGAUAUAACUAUUUCAUAUGACCAAAAUGAAAUCGCAUUGCACUAAUUAAAGAGUCGCCUGCUAUAUUUGUUAUUUCAUUCUAUAAUUUAUGUUUAUACAAUGAAAACGAACCUGCUAAAUGCUCUAGGACAAAGGCUGGGAUGAAAUCUGCUGCAGAGCCUCAUGUGCUUCAAGUUUUCCAUAUGAAUAAGAACUAAGUACUCUUUUUCUGUGGUAUGAACGCAUUUCCAGACCUAUCAAGGCCAAGCUGCUAGCUAAUUUUAAUUUCUUUUUAUGCAGAUGAAUCAACAAGUGUUCUCCAAAAGGAUGAAGGUGAAUAUCAAGGGCACCGCUCUUUGAUGAUGCGCACCCAUGGUUUGUUCACCACAAUGCAAUGACAAGAUGUUCUCGAUGGGUAUGUAGCAGGAAUCUCUUGUAGAGUUCAAAACCAGCCUUAUUACCAAUCAUUUAUGAUGUGGUCGUUCUUGUCUUUCAGUAGAACAAAAGAAGUGGAACAAAUGGGUUUAACUUGUAUGCCUACUCCUGUUGCGAUAAGCAUUUGGUUUCCAUCUGCAAGACAAGUUUCUGCUUGUGUAACAACAGUACUGUCUGGGUCGUCCAGUUUUUAGCUAUCAUUUGUUCUAGAAUCAUCCUGACCAUUGGGUUCCUCGUGUUCUCCUUGGUGGUUCUGUACAUUGUCUCAAGACGCAUUGGCCUGUUGAUACUGCAAAGGAAGCUGGCUGAUGCUAGAGAUCAGGCUCAGUAUCAGCUGAAGACAUCUUGGAAAAAGUACAGGAGGGACCUGCUCAAACAAAUGCUCCUCCCAUCUAUGAUGAACUGUGAUUUUACUUUCAUCAAUUGUUUAUACAUGAGCUUACAUCCAGAAGCAAGCUUACCUCUUAGAGUUCUUAUUUCUUAGUACAUGUUGUCUAAAGUAACAUUUUCCCAAAAAGGCUAUUACUGGUGCG